AUGCCUUCAGUCCUUGCUGUCGAGCCUCAGGGUCCGGCAUGGGCACAACACAUAGUCCAAUUCUUGCAAACUGGAGAACUUCCUGACAACCCAGAGCAAUCUGAGAAAGUGGCCCAGCAAUCAAGUAUGUACCAGUUUGUGGACAACAUUCUGUACAGAAAGAGGCCAAAAGGCGUGAAGUUGAAGUGUAUCAGUCAAGAAGAUGGACUAGUGAUGUUGGCAGAGAUACAUGGAGGUGUGUGUGGCUCGCAUCUGGGAUCAAGAGCACUUGUCAGGAAAGCUUUUCGGCAAGGAUUCUACUGGCCCACCGCCCUCCGGGACGCAACUAAGCUCUUCACCAAGUGUGAAGCAUGCCGGUUCAACUCCAAGAAUAUCCAUCAACCAGCGCAAGCCUUGCAGACCAUCCCUUUAUUCUGGCCCUUCGCGGUCUGGGGGCUCGACAUCUUGGGCCCCUUUCCCCAUGCUACUGGGAGCUUUGAAUUCUUGUACGUGGCUAUCGACAAGUUUACAAAGUGA